CCAAGAUGGAGACCGCCCCACAGCGCAAUGCUCCACCAAGAUGGCGGCAGCCCUGCAGACGUGGCCGCACUCGGGCGGUGGCUCAAAGCGGCAGCCUGCGCAUGCGCGCCCCGAUACGGGCCCGGUACCAUGGGCAGGCGGCGAGAGGGGCUGAGCGUGGCUCAGGAGAUCGAUAAGCUGGAGGAGAAGCUGGCACGCUGCAGACAGAGUGUGGAAGAGGUGGAUCUUAAACUGUGCAGGGAGAAGCUCAGCCCUGAAGGAAGAAAGUCACUGGAGAGAGAGAGAAACUUACUAAUGACCAAAGCUGACAACUAUGAGAAAGAACUGAGUGCACUUCAUAAGGAGAACCGCAAGAAUGCUGCCCUUGCUGUGGCUGUGGGACUGCUGAUUGCUCUUAUUUAUGCCUGCUGGACAGUGUGAUUGCACUUGAGAAUUCUCCCUGCUGACCAGAUGACUCUCAUGCAAGGAGCUCUUUCUCCUCUCACCACUGUGCCUCUGCCAAGGGUAAGGAUCAGCAUUUCAGAUUGCUGUUAUUGCUCAUCCUCUCCAAGCCUCACUGCAGGGAAUCUUUCUCUGAGAAUUGUGGGGCACAGGAGACAAAACGAGAAAUCAAGCACACUUGUGGCUAGAAACGUGGUCAAGCAGAGCUGAAGGUGGUGCUGUCUUACUGCAAAUGCAGUAUAGACCAUCCAGCCUGAUGCAGGAAGGCAGUACAUUCUCUAUUUUCAAGAGGAUCUCCAUGGCUUCAGACAAGUGCUCUCUGCCCAGCCCUGCCAGAAUACAUGCCACCUUUGUUCCUGUGACUCAGCCAUGAGCUGAAGGGACACUGAACUCUCAAAGGGUAACUUUGGUAUUGUGACCAAAAGAUUCCAGGUGUUCCCAGAGCUGAUCUAAAUAAGCAUGGUACCUCCUCCACACUGUCUUGAAGGACCAGAGGAAUUCUACCUCCAGAAAACCAUAUGGGAGGUAGGUAUCUCGCUGUAAGCAGGCAACAUCCAGCUUGAGAUGCGAGUACUUGGGCUUUGAGAUCUACCUACCUCUCCAAUGCAUCAAGGCUUGGUAGCCGUUCUGUGCCUUUGAGAAUCAACACUUGAAGAAGAAAUUGAACUAUCAAGGCCCAGGGAUGGAAGUGCCUCUGCAAGGGCUUUAAAUAAAAUAAUUUAAACUUGUAA